CGGGAUCGGGAUCGGGGUCGGGACCAAGAUCGGGAUCGGGAUCGGCACCAGGAUCAGGAUCGGAACCGAGUGCGCUUCAGGGGUGGAGGCCGCCUGGGGCCGGCAUCCCCCAGUAACCGACUCCUGAGACACCCCGUCCCGCCCCCGGGAUGCCCAGGGCCGCUGAUCCCACGGAGCCCCCGGAUCCUCCCGCACCGGCCCCUCGCCGCCCGCCCCUCGCACGGGGGUGUCCCCACCGGGGAUCACCGCCUCGACCUCUGACUGCUCCCCGGUCUCUGGGUCCUCCUGCUGUCCCACACCCGCACCAAGGGGACCCUGCACUCCCUGUCGGCCCCUCCGCUACAGCUGUCCCCAUCUCCUCCCCUCUCUCCUCCUCUUGCUCUGUCCCUGCCAGAUUCCCCUCUCCCUCCUCCUCCCUCUGACAGGGACAGGCCUGGAAGGGCAGAGGUUUCCCAUAGAGGUUUCUCACUAGGAACCCUCCCCUCCCCUCCAGGGUGGCCCCAGGGCUCUCCACACCCCUCUGGGGACAGCAGAGCUGCAGCUUGUGCUGCUCUACCUCAGCUGCUACUUAAAAACUGUUGGGAGCUUUCCCCCCACCCUUCAAAGCCAGGAAUCCAUCACCCCCUUCCAUGGGUGUUUGACAGCUGCUCUGGGACAGAGACCAGCUAUAAUCCACAACCCCAUGUCCUGACCCCUGCCCAGACUCAGAGAGAACUCCAUGGUAAUCUUGGACUCUCAUGUUUUCCCAAAUUACAUAAUUUCUCUAAUCCUGUAACUGUGUUUUCCUUUUAGAGAGAAAAUCCAAGAAAGGAGAUUAUGUGACAACAGCAGCACAGGGACCUCCAUUUUCUUCCAGAGUCUCACCUUGUGUAAGAGCUGCCGUGUCCUUGCUAGACCUGAAACCACCCAGGCCAGUGGUGUUUCAGUGAAUCCAUAGCAAGAGAGGAUCCAGCUGCAUUCCAAGCAUCCUCACGAAGCAAAGAACCUUGGUGAAGGCAAUGGCAACUCCAAGGAAGGCAGGGAUCCCCUUAGGUGUCAUGAAGGUGUUAGAUCCACGCCAGCUAAAGCCUGACAGCACGGAGGCAGAAAGAAUCAUGACUGUCUUGGAUGAGACCAUUGUCAAGCUGGAGAUCACCAGGCUGAUCCCACGGAUUACUGGCUCCCUGGACAGGUAUGCUGGGAUGCUGGGACCUGAGAUCACAAGCAGCCUUUUGGAGCUUCAGAAGCUUUCAAUGGAAAUACAGCAGCUGCACACCAGCGCUGGAGAUGCAAAGACCUUGAGAGCUGCAGAGAAACGCCUGAAAAGUUCCCUGAGAAACAUCCUGAGGCUCUUCCUGGUCAACCCCUUGCUUUACCAUGGGCUGAAAUUCGAAGUUCGGGUGAGAGAGUCAGCAGCUGAUGCGUUCAUCAAAGCCUUCAUGGAGUUCCGGGACUCCAUGCUCGAGAGGCUCCUGACCACUCCUGAUGAGGAGAGGGAAAUGAUUCAAUUCAUGAAAGACAUUUCCCUCCAGGUUGAGAAAAACACAGAAGUGAUCUCAGCUCUACAGGCACAGCUCGAAGGACUCAUCCAGGCUCGAGAUGAAGAGGUUAGCAAGAAGGACAAAGAAAUCGAAAACCUCAAAACCGCCAUGGAAGAUCUGGCCAAGAACUGCAGGACUGAAAUCCGGCUGCUCAUGAAGGAAGGGGGAAAGCAGAAAAAGGGGGAUGAGGAAGCCUCCCAGGAGAGGUGUGCCAGGCUGAAGGAGGACAUUCAGCACCUGGGAACACAGUUCAGUGCACUGGUGCUGGAGCAUCGAGCCUCAGAGCUGGUUCUCAGGAAGACUACAUAUGAUGAGCUCCAGAUUGCCUACGACGAGGAGAAGAAGCAGUUGGCCGUGCUGAUGGAGAAACACGCCCUGCUGAUCCAGGAGUACACCCUGAUCGAGGAGGAGCGCAGGAUUCUCCAGGAGAAGGCAGAGGAGGCUGAACGGGAGGAGGCCAGGAGGAACCAAGCUGCCACCUGCAUCCAGGCCUACUGGAAAGGCUACUUUGUGCGGUGCAAGUACAAGUCACUACGGAAGAAGGGAAAGGGCAAGGGCAAAGGCAAAGGCAAGAAAUAAAGCCCCAAAUAAUUUUCUCUCCCUGCAAAGCUGCGGUGUCAGAGCUCUUCCAGAUGAAAGCAUUGAGAAUUGUUAAGGUUGGAGAAGACUUUUAAGAUCAUCCAGUCAAGCUAGUACCACCAUGUUCACCAGUAACCCUUGUUCUCAAGUGUCACAUCCAUAUGUUUUAUGAACACUUACAGGGAUAGUGACUGUACCAUUUCCCCUGGCAGUCUAUCCCAGGGCCUCAGGACCCUUUCCACAAAAAAAAGUUCUGUUAAUAUUUAAUAUAAACAUCCCCUGG